CCUGGUCGGUGAUCGCAUGUAUUGCUUUACAUAGAGUUAGGGUGGUAUAUAAAGACGGAGGCACACUGACAGAUUGUUGGCCGGUGAGCUCUCAUGUGGGCAACACUGCUGCGAGUAUCUCACUUUUCUAAAAUUUACUAACUACCAUUGAAUGACCGGCCAAACCAGACAAUAUCAUUACGACUUUCUACCUCAGACAAAAGAUUGCUAACCACGUUUCUACUGACAAAUACACCGAGAGGGCUGGCUGUGAUAUAAGAAUCGGAGAGCGUACCUUGUGAAACGUUACAUGUGGACUGUGUCUUAUUUAUUCUCUACAGGAAAUAUCUCUGAAUUAAUAUCGAGUUGUUUUCAUCUUAAUUUAUAACAGUGAUCAUCCGAUCUUUGAGGAAGAUGAACAUGUUGAUGUGUUGUGAGACAGAACAGCUCCGGAGAGCUUACAAGGACCCUGUGCUACUGGAAGAUGAUCGUGUUCUCAACAACUUACUUAUAACAGAAGAUCGAUAUCAGCCUUCGCCAACUUACUUCAAAUGUGUACAAACAGACAUUAAACCAUACAUGAGGAAGAUGGUCGCCGAAUGGAUGUUAGAGGUUUGUGAAGAACAGAAAUGCGAAGAGGAAGUUUUUCCACUAGCAAUGAAUUAUUUGGACAGAUUCUUAUCUGUGAUGGACAUUCCCAGGAAUAGGCUACAACUUCUUGGAUGUGUGUGCAUGUUUCUGGCAUCAAAAUUAAAGGAAACGAAUCCACUUACUGCAGAAAAACUUAUUGUCUACACAGACAACUCUGUUGGAAUCGAGGAAUUGAUGGAGAUGGAAUUAAUAGUUCUAAAUAAACUAAAAUGGGACCUAUCGGCUGUGACACCUCAUGACUUUCUCGAACAUGUUCUAAGUAGACUUUGUAUGGACAAGGAAAAAUGUGAAUUAAUCAAGAAACACGCUCAGACGUUCGUGGCACUGUGUUCAACUGAUUGCAAAUUUAUGAUGUAUCCUCCCUCCAUGAUUGCCGCGGGGAGCGUGGGGGCCGCCGCACAUGGUCUGCUAAAAACUAACGACCUCAAUGCACAGCUGCUUCACAGGCUACACGAAAUCACAAGUAUAGAUGUGGACUGCUUGAGGUCAUGUCAAGAACAAAUUGAACAAACGCUAGCCACAAAUUUAUCCAGUAUGGCGCAAACGUCCGACGCGCCAAUGGUCAAAGUCGAUCGUGAUCACCACCAUCAUCACUUGGAGGGUCAACCUACAACCCCUACCGAUGUCCAAGAUAUUGUGUUUUAAAUUCUAAAAAGAGACAAAACUUUUGUUCCAAUCGCUGCCAAGAAACUUUUGCAUUUUGAGUCGACACCAACGAAUAUAUUAUGUAUACGAACUUUUGAAGUGUUUCUACUUGCGACCAGGAGCACGUGUUUCUUCUGCUCCCGAUAAGAUGUGAUGCCACAAUUGAGAAACCCGAUGAUGUUAUUAAUUAACUGACGUCACGUGGUUUACGUGUUCAAACUUUUUCUCAUAAACGUCAUCAAGCUUGUGCGUUAAUGUGACGUCAGAGUAUUAUGUGUUCAAAAAAAAUGUGAUAAAAAUAUAAUGUAGCCUUUCCGAUGUCACUUUUAACGCUCAGCUUGUAAUCAUUUCAUUCACUUGUCUCAACUUCGAAGGGACCAAAAACCCCACCGAAAAUGUUUUCAGAGGUUUUGUUAUCAGGCGGAGGCGUUAAAGCCUUUGAUGUGUUAUUGUACAUAAUGUUGCCAUUAAGUUUUCAUGUUGAAAAAAAUGCCAUUGACACAAAAAAUACAUUAAUUAUUUUCGCUGAUUCUCCCCUUCCCCCAAAUUGUUGACUAUGUUACCUCCGUCACGAAUUCACCAUUUCAAUUUGAUCCUUUUUCUUUGCGGUAAAGGUUUCAAAUUUAUUUUUAAAAACAAUUUGGAAAAUUCCUACAUUGCCACUAAUUAUGUUUUGACAAUUGUAUGCAAUUUUCCCAAUUGAAAAAGAAAAGAAAAAAUUGUAAAUCGUGGAUUGACCGGAGAACCAACUAGUGCUAUGGAUAUAUAUGUAAACGUGGUGUUUUCGAGUGCAACAUGGGACAGGGUGCUAGAAUAGAGGCAUAUAAUAGCUAACGUUCAGAUACCAACUUCAUCCCGAUCGAAAUUUCAAGAAAAGUUUUUUUCAUCAACUCAUCUAAAAAGAGUACGACGAGACCGGUUCAGGUCUCUCGUGAAAUGUGUUCAAAUAUAUAUUUAUUUUAUAUUUAAGUUAACAUAUUUUUCAACUAAGUUGGAAAACGAUGCAUUUUGAUAUUUUGAAUUAUUUUAUUUAUUGAAGACGGGAGUAUUGGAAGUCCUCGUGUUCCUUUCGUGCAAGAGAGCGUGGUAUUUGUGCCAUUUUAUUUGCUUAUAAAAAUUGAAAUAUUUCUAAUUGUGAUAAAAAAAAAAACUAUCCCAAACUAUCUUACCUCUGAUUGUUGAUAGAAAGUUUGGAAACUUGGGUGCCUAUGAUCGGCAUAUUUCUACCUCGGUUAUUCAAAGAGUAUCGACCGAAUCAAUCCCCCUGUAACUGAAAGUAACCUGACUACCGCAGUCGCCUUAGGAACAAAGACGAAACGUAAAGCGACUACACCUAGCUGUGUAAUGUAUUUUUGUGUUAUGAAAUGCCUAUCCAUUUAUUAGUAAAUAUGUAUGUAUGCUGAAAAUCCAAUCUAUUUACUUGCGAUUAGGUGGAGAAGAGAAUUUGUAUUUAUUUUUUUAAUUGAAUUGAUUGCCCAGUCGUGUGUACUUAUCGAGUAUAAUGGAGCGCCUAGCCAGUUUACAUAUAGGGCAGUUUGGGGUAGGUCGGAUCCCCUUAGGCAAGUCCUUGUGGUGUUCUUUAGAAGAACACAAGGAAUUGUAUUGUUGGACAGGGGGCGCUCCUAUACACUUUUUUUUUUUUAUCCCGCUUUAUUUUUUGUGGCAGUAUUUUUUUUUUAUUUUACAUAACAUAUGGAGACCGAUAGGCAGUGGCAAUAGAUAUGAUAGAAAUAUUGUCUUUCAAGGUUAAACUGCAAAGCUACGACGUCUGUGAUAGAAUCCUAUAAUAAACUUUGCGUACCUAGCAGACCUUCGAGCUGACUGGUACAGGUCUUGUACGAUUUCGUUUUGCGAGAGUCACAAGCCCGAGAGUACGGAGUAUUUAAUGGAGUAAUUUGAAUGUGAGGAAGACUUUUUCCGAGUUAGAAGGCGCAUGAUUGGUAUAUAUGAGAAGCGAAAGGAGACGUGGAAACAUCUUUUAGAAUUUCAAGUGGAUUAAAUUAAUAUUUUUCUCAUAUUUGUGUUGAUAACAGUUCAAAAGCACAUUUUGAAUUUAUAUUUUUAGUUUUUUUGAAGCAACAAAACGUAGAUAAUCUACGUUAUUUUACUGUUAUUUUAUUUGAAAAAAUAAUCGAAUUAUGUUGGGGAAAAUGAAAUAUAUGUUAAAAAAUUAAACCUACUACUUUUGCUUAACAGUCCGUUAAAUUGUUCCAUUCUAUUGGUUUGUUGACCAUGUGCUCCUUUGUGUACGAGAGAAAUGUGAUUCUUCGGCUACAAUCCGGAGAUCGGUUUCGAUGUUAGGUAGUCCAGCUAUCUCGGGUGUGAUUUGUCAGAGGGUGGUUUUGUACCUUUCCUGUGUGAAAGGAGGGACCAAAUGUUUGGGACGGGGGACAGAUUUGCCGUCCCCUUGUACCAAAAACAAUGAGCAAUUUUGUUUUAUGGAAAGCAAUAAAAUAAAAUGUUCAAAAUUUCAAAAAGAA